CGGCCCCAUAUUCCCACUUCGCCGUUGGUUUCCCUUAAUUUUAUUCGGUAAAAAAAGCAUAAAAACUGCCACUACAAGCAUAGAAUCCCCAAUUCUUGUUGUUAUCAGUGGACUGAAUUUGGAGAAUUCUUGUUGCAUUUGCUGGCCUUUUUCUGUUUCUUCUCAAACGGUACAUUUCCUGUGCUAGUAUCUAUGGUACUUUGGUAAGUUGUUCUCUGAAAUGGGCUUGGGCUAUUUCAGAUAUAUAUAUAUAUAUAUAUAUGUUUUUGCUGAGGCUAACGAGUUUAGGUAACCCCUCUACCCUAUAUGUAGGUCUGCCCCUGUGAUAGAGUACUGAUCAUAGGGUCUUUAUGAUUUUUUUAUUUAUCUUAAAGUUUAACAAUUCUGUCGAAAUGUUGGUUAAAGCAAGAGAAGUUGAGAUGCUUGUAAAUGAAAUUGACUUUUGCCAAUAAGUAACUCAGGAGUGAGGUCAUAUUUCCCCUUUUGGUGGAAGAAGAAAAUGAUUUCAACAAUCCAAGGUAAGCAAAUACUAUUGUUUGUGAUACCAGACACAUCCAAAAUGCAUGAUUGCUAGCAUCUGAAAAAUAUGCUCUAAUCUUUAGUCAUUUCUUGUUGAUUCUUUGCUUGAAUUGGAACCCCCCUCCAAACCCUCAACAUCAAGUGCUGCAACGUUUCAUAUUUAGCCUAGUAGUGACAUCAUUUACGCAUUUGGCUUGUUCAGGUUCUUCCUGCUUAUUAGUAUUAUAGGUGAUGAUCGUUUGAGCUACAGCUUUAGGCUGCAAGUAAAUUUUAAAUCCAAGUCUUAUUCAGUCUAGAAUAGCAUAUCAUAUUUGCUAAUUGUUUGCCAUGCCUGUAUCUAUCAGGUCUGUUCGAGUUUGAAAACUGAUUCAUUGUUUUGUUCGUAGACUGACAAUGGAGGAGAGCCACAUAGAUAAAAGACUUGUUGUUACUGCAGCGGUGGAUGUCAUCACUGGAAAUGUUGACCUUUUAUCUGAGAUUCUACUCCGUUUGCCUGCAAGAUCUCUCAUCAAGUUCAGUCUAGUAUGCAAACUUUGGUUCUCAAUCAUUAGCAGUAUGCAAUUUAGGGUUAGUCAUUGUCGUACUCUUGCGUUUUCUAGUGCUCCAACCCCAUCUGGGAUCUACUUUUACAAUUGCCUAACCAAUCUCCAAAAAGUUGAAUCCCUUCCACUCACAGAUAAUGUAACUAGCCUCCCUCCUCUUCAAUUCCUUGAAGUGGCUGCAAAUAUAGGAGAUGGGAUCAAGGUUACACAGUCUUGCAAUGGCUUGUUGAUGUGUGUGAUCUCCACCAAAACUGAAGUAUCUGAACUCAAACUUGGUAUCGUUUACAAUCCUGCAAAGAAUGAGUAUCAUAAAUUGCCGAACCCCUAUGUCAUGUAUUAUGAAGUGGUUUAUGGAUAUAGUUUGAUAUUUGAUCCUUCAGAACCACCCUAUUACAAAGCUUUGUGUAUUAAGCGUUUGGGUACUACUUUUAAGGGUCACUUUUUUGGCACUUCAGAUUAUGAAGUGAGUGUGUAUGUGCCAGGUAAUAAGUCAUGGAGAUCUUGUUGUCGUUUCUCUCCACCUUAUGGUAUGCGCUUUGAUAGUGGAGUCUUUUGGAAUGGUGGAAUUCACUGGACUGGUGAAUACUCCUCCGUUUACUUUGAUGCUAAAUCAGAGGAAGUCGUUGUGAAAAAUAUGCCACCAAGACCUCAGGGAUAUUGUAGCGAAAAGGUUAGGUAUUUUGGGGAAUGGGGUGGGCAUUUGCAUCUUAUUCAGGUUCAGAGCCUAUAUGCCAAGAAAUUCAAUGUGCUUGAAUUAGACAAAAAUACCUGGAAGUGGUCAGUAAAGUAUCGUGUUCAUCUUGCUCGGUUAAUUUCAGCAUUUCCUGAGAUAGUUAAGCAGACAUCAUAUGGCGCACAAUAUGCAUUUUCCAUUUUGUCUGUGAUUCGAGGAGAGAGUGAAGAAGAUUCAGUCCUUCUGCUAACUAUUCCCGGAAAGGUGGUCGCCUACAACUUAGUGCUUAAAACUGCUAAAGUAGUCCGCGAGUUGCCUGGUGAAAUAGGUGAUACUUUACGUUUUAAUCAUGUUUGUGCUUAUCAGUAUGCUGAAAGUUUGAUUCCAGUUAAAGAUUGGACUAUUCGUCCAAAAUAGUGCUCGUAACAGCAGCUUUCAAGGACUUAUCUUUCCUCUUUUGAGUUUCUUCUGGAAAAGGUUAUCUCUUAGGUACUUCAUGUGAAGACUUCUUCAAAGAUGCUUGAAAACCUUAAUAUCAGUUCUUAGCUUUCGUUUUUUUU